AUGUCAAUGUCAAAUCUGAAUAUUGCAACAACAAAUCGGGUUAAUUCGGCAUUAUUAUCAUUUGAUGAAUUAUCAAAUAAUCAUCAUGAUAAUUAUCCAGGCCAUUCCAAUGGUGUUUCCACUACCACCAUCACCAAUUAUGGUGAUUAUCGAAUUACAUCAUCAACACCUACACCAUUUAUACCAUCAUCAUCAUUAUUAUCACCUACAUCAUCUAGACAAAAUCUUGUUCAUCUUGAAAAUUUACAAAAUCCCCCAUCAAAUAUUGAUCCAAUGGCAAUUUUUCUAUCAUCAAGAUUCGAUCAAAAACAGCCACCAACAGCAGCCACAACAUUACAAUCGAACAACAAAAACAAUCAAUCAACGCCAAUAAAGCAACAGCAGCAAAAACCAUCAACUAGCAAUGAUAAUAAUAAUAAUAAAAGAUGAAAAAUACACAAGAUUUUAGUUUUACUUGUAAACAAAUAUUGCGACAAAUUCCAUCGAUACCAACAAACAGUACAGUGCAGAAACAUUUGGAUUAUUUAAGCAGCAAAUUACAUAAUUUACCAAUCAACAAUAAUGUGGAACGGUUGAAUAUAAUCGUCGAAGAAUUAUAUAAACAGCUGAUUGAAUCUAUUUAUUUGAAUAAUUUGUCAUUAUAUAUGCAGUUCUUGAUACGUAUUCUUAGUAUUAACGUUAAAAAACAACAACCACAACCACAGCAACAAAAUGGACAAUCAAAUAAAUAUUCAAUACGUGAUGCAUUAUGGAAGAAAUGUAAUGAGGUAUUUUUCCAAAACCAAAACAAAACAACCACAGCGAAAGAUGGAGAAUCAAA